AUGGCGACGACACGCCAGGAACAAUCACAGCAGCAAAGGAAACCAUCACAUCCCCUGUAUGCCAAUGAAGGCUUAAGUUCCAAGAAAACUGCUUUAAUUAUUGUAACGGUUGUUGGCUGUAUUGCCAUUCUGUGGCCGAAAGUUUUCUAUCCCAUGAUGUUUGGUGGCAGCGCUGUAGCCACCACCAAGGCCAAUAUAAAGGAACCCCAUCGUGGUCCAGGAGGUUGUUGUGACGUGGUACUCAACAGGGAAGAAUUUUUCAAUGCUACCUCAAUGAAAACUAAAAAACCGGCCAUCGAAGAGCCGGUUAUAUUUGGACCGCAGCUAUAUCGUAAAAGUUUGAAUAUUUACACUGGUGAAAUAAGUAUACGCCAGGAACGUCCAGCCCACUUGCAUCCCGAUUCAGUUUAUCAGGCAAUGCGUGAACGUGGCCGGGCCAUACCAGCCACACCGACAAUACCGAUUGUGGAACGCAAGACAUCGCCAAGUAAUCCACCACCACGUAUUGUUGAGGGAAGGCCUGGCCCAAUACCUGGCAUGCGUCCACCCAUGGGUGCGGGUGCAAUGCAUCAGCCACAAGCGAAAGCCAAUCAAAGUGUGGGCAUUUUAAUGCCAUUGUAUACCAUAGGCAUUGUUAUAUUCUUCGGUUAUACUAUCGUUAAGAUAGUCUUCAAGAAGCCAGUACCAAAUGCACCCUAUGGCCCGGCACCUUCGGAUCCCAAUUUCCGAAAAGAUGUAUUCGGUCAUGAAAAUGGUAGACAUGUUGAGGAUUUGAACGGAUCGAAAUUGGGAACUAAAUAUCCCGAUCAACAACUUCAACGUACUAAGGCCAGUGAUUUAUAUAAUGCCACCCUAUCGGCCCAGGCAGCUGCCACUAACCUAUCAUCUUCGCUAAAACAACAACAUCAAAUUGUACCACCACCACAGCAGUUGCAACAACAAAUCUCUGCCGCCUCAAAGGAUACGGAUAAAUUGAUGGAAAUUGAAAAAUUGCGUAAAAAAUUGGAGGAUACCGAAAGGGCAAUGGCCAAGUUAAUUGCCGAAAUGAAUUCCGAUCAAUAUGAAGCUAAGAAAAACUCCAACGAAAAUUCGACCACGAACCAACAGCAACAACAAAAAGAAAACAUUUCCAAUGGGCAUGCAAAUAUUCCUGAGACCACAUCUGGUGACGAUAGUAAAGUAGAAAAAGAAACAGAGUUGAAAAAAACGGAGCAGGCAACGGAUGAUAAACGUAAAAAGAGAGACGGAAGUGCUGAUCGUACAGUUUCGGUUCUUGGAAUGGAAGUAACCGCCAGUUGUGAGGGAGGCCAUAAAUGGUCUGGUCGUCCUCCAACUCCGGUACUGUCACACCAUCACGAACAUUCCAAAUCUGAAGAUGAUAAGCCAGAACCACAAUCAAUUUAUUUGGAAGGCUCUUUGGCUCACGAUUCCCAGAUUUUGGUUUCCGAUUCGGAAAUCAAGCAGGAAGAAGUUUAUGAUGCUGAACUUAAUGGAUCUGAAGAAGAACCAGCUGUUAUAUUGAGUAGUAAAAUGACAUUAUCGCUAAUUAAUCUGGAUAAUAAAGCUGAUUUGAAGAAACCUACAAGUCCCGAAGUAGAAAGUCCCUUGGCUGAUGAUAUUGAAAUAAUUGAACAUGACCUCAACUAAAAAG